CCCGCCUUCACAACCAAUCAAGAGUAACCACAUUUUUAAGCUGUUUGAUCUAUGUUUGCUCAAAAGUUUCAGUUCUUAGGACAUCUGAGACGAUGCACCUGUAUAUGAUCCUCUGCGGAGCAGUUCAUCUGUCAGCAGUAAUCCAGUCGGCAGCAGUCGUACAGGACACUGAGGUUGUAUCUGCCAGUGUUGGGGACAAUGUGACUUUACAUUGCUUCUAUGACAGCCAAGUGUCAAUGCACUUCUCCUGGUAUCAACAAACCUUAGGAGGUAGACCUGAGCUCCUGUCGAUUUUUUACAAGUACGAUGAACCAUCCAAAGUCUUCGAUUGGAUGGAGAAGAACCCUCGUUUCUCUGUGCAAAGGAAGGAAGGGAUGAAUCAUUUACACAUCACUGACGUCCGCUUCUCAGAUUCAGCUAUGUACUUCUGUGGAAGCUCACACUCCAACGUUGUGGAAUUUGGCAAUGGGGUCUUUCUAAGUGUCAAAGAAGCCAACCUCAAGGAAAUAGUCCAGGGGCCGGUAUCUGAGACCAUCCAACCGGGAGGCUCUGUGAACUUCAACUGUACAGUAGUAACUGGGACCUGUGAUGGACACAACAGUGUUUAUUGGUUCAGACAUGAGUCUCGCCAAGGCAUUCUUCACUCCUUGGGGGCUGGUUGGAAACAUGUGUCUAUACCAGGGUCUCCUUCACAGAGCUGUGUCUACCAUUUGCAGAAGGUGAACCUGAGCUCCUCUGAUUCUGGAACCUACUACUGCGCUGUGGCCUCCUGUGGGGAGAUACUGUUCGGUAACGGAAGCCAGCUGCUCGUCAAAGGUGAUGUUGAAGACCAAACGGCACAGAUGAGAAUCUUGGUGUGGCUCUCCAUCAUUAGAACCGGGAUUCUCUUGUUCUUUGUAACAGUUUGUCUCUUGGUUUACAUCAGUAAGAGCAAGUGAAGUCCUGAAUGCAGAGUAAUGUAAUG